UUGGCUGGCACGCCACCCGAGGGAGGUUCCAGCCACUCCAAUAAAAAAUUCACUCGGAAAAAAACUCACUUUGCAAGUCGAGCGUGCAGCUUUUUUAUUGUUCUCGCGACGUCUUCAUUAACUCCGAUCCAUCCACCUGAGAAAGUGAGAACGACCCUUUCGAAGCAUGAGCAGGAUGACCCUGGGCGCAAGCGACGACCUAGUCGCCGACCAGCAGCUCAGCUCCAGGGCGCGCGCCUUCAGCGUCGAUGCCCUUCUGCAGAGACAGGCGCCGAGCACAGAAUCAAGCGCUUUAGAAGAAAUGAAUGAUGCUGAUGAGGCCCCUUCACAGAUGGACAUUUUUAGGCACAAACCUGCGCUGGAGAUAAAGGCUGAUUUGUGCUCCAAAGACCUAUGGAGGAAGUUCCACUCACUGGGUACCGAGAUGAUCAUCACGAAAGCUGGAAGACGGAUGUUUCCGACGGUCAAGGUUCGGGUGCAAAAUCUCGACCCGGAAACCAGCUACAUCAUUUUCAUGGACAUUUUGCCCGUGGACGACAAGAGAUACAGAUACGUGUACCACAGUUCGCAGUGGACCGUUGCCGGAGCGGGUGAUCCUCCGUUACCCAGAAGCACCUACAUCCACCCUGACUCGCCUGCCAGUGGACAGUUGUGGAUGGCCCAGGGUGUCAUUAGUUUUGACAAAUUGAAACUGACCAACAACAGAAGACCAGUCGUCAGAGGACAAGUUUCACUUCAUUCGAUGCACAAAUACCAACCGCGCGUGCAUAUCUUGCGAACGCACGACUUAGACACCCCAGCCGAGGCGCAAGUGCUGGUCGCCCUGCAGAGUUUGAAGAAAGGAACCGUCCCUAAUCCUGAUCUCUACACCUUCAGCUUCCCCGAGACGAAAUUCACCACGGUGACGGCUUACCAAAAUCAACAAAUCACCCGUCUAAAAAUAGCCAGCAAUCCGUUCGCGAAGGGUUUUCGGGAAGCUUCUAAGCCAUCAAGGAAUGCAGAUGAAUCCUCUCGGGCAACUUUUUCGAUGUACUCGAACAACCAACUUUUCUGUCCACCUCACGGACUGCAACCGGACUUCAGGUCGUACUCGUGGCCACCACCGGCACCCAUCAACACGCCGAUCAAGUUUGUCAUCCCCCCGUCACCCACCCUGAUGCCCUUCAGAAGUCACAACUACUUCGCCGACUUCCCUUAUCCACCCCAUCAGACCAACGCGCUCUUUUCAGGGUUUGCGAAGCCUUUGGAAGCACUGGACUUGUCGGCGGCUUUGAAAUAGACUGCAUAAUAUUAUUUACCAUGACACAAAACUAGUCCAUUCCAAACUCAUCAUUAUCAAUUAUCACAUUCCAUAUAAAAAAUUUCAUCACGUGAAUUAAAAAGAAAAUAAUAAUAAUAUGGAUAAAUUUAUUAUUUAAAAACCUCCGAUGCUGCUGAGAUUUGAAACGUGUGAAAAUUU